AUGGAUCGACUCCAUCAAGUUCGUGAUCUGCGACCGAGGAGAAACAAUCAACGACAACGUGCACCUUUGCUAGACCCUGCAGCGGAAUAUUAUGAGGAGUCUCAUGAUAAUGAUGGAGAUGCGGUUUCCUUGGUCACUAUACCGAGAAAUCGUGGAGGAAGGGAUGAGGUGCCACGACAAGUCCGAAGAGAACAUCGUGAAAGGAACGGUGUAGAUCGAAAUUUGGGGUCCAUCAAACUAUCUAUCCCGCCUUUCCAAGGUAAAAAUGACCCUGAUGUUUACAUUGAGUGGGAAAGAAGGGUGGAGUUAGUCUUCGAUUGUCAUAACUAUUCUGAAGAGAAUAAGGUAAAACUUGCUGCUGUAGCAUUUACAAAUUAUGCUAUUGUUUGGUGGGAUCAACUAACCUUGUGUAGACGUCGAAAUCGGGAGCAACCAGUUGGAAGUUGGGAGGAAAUGAAAGCUGUCAUGAGAAGAAGGUUUGUGCCUUCUCAUUAUUAUCGGGAUUUACACUUGCGGUUGCAAAGUCUUAAACAGGGAAAUAAGACAGUUGAGGAGUAUCAUAAAGAGAUGGAGAUCGCUAUGAUCCGUGCUAACAUCGAAGAGGACCGAGAGGCAACCAUGGCUCGAUUCGUUAAUGGCCUUAAUCGAGAGAUUAGCAAUGUGGUGGAGUUACACCAUUACGUAGAGCUCGAGGAAGUGGUGCAUAUGGCAAUGAAAAUAGAAAGACAACUCAAAAGGGGUCGGACAUCUUCACGAUUUGAAGGGACUAGCUCGAGUUCGAGGUGGAAUACUAAACUCGAGGGGAAUAGUUUAAGAUGGAACUCAGGGUCAAAGCACGAUGAGAAAUCACCUUUUAAAGCAAGAGGAGACAAAGUCGCUGCCAAAUCAUCGUUUGACUCGACAGAGAAGGAGAAUGGGGAUAUUGAAACUGAUGCAGAAGAAGACAACGACUCCAUGCCAUCACUUGAAGAUGUUGAUGAGGUAGAACAUGCUGUCACGGUGCAAGCCCUUAUUGUUUUGAGAGCUUUACAUGUGCAAGCUAAGGAGGAUGGGGAUGAACUACAAAGGGAGAAUAUCUUUUAUACUCGAUGUCAUGUGAAAGAUCGGGUAUGUGGAUUGAUUAUAGAUGGAGGAAGUUGUGUGAAUGUGGCUAGUUCUUUGAUGGUCGAAAUGCUUGGUUUGCGCACCAAAAAGCAUAUGAAGCCAUACCGACUUCAGUGGUUGAAUGAAAGUGGUGACUUGAAAGUAACCAGACAGGAAUUUAAUGACGUGUUUCCCGAAGAGAUGCCACCAGGAUUACCACCAAUACGAGGGAUUGAGCAUCAGAUUGAUUUCAUACCAGGAGCACCAAUCCCGAAUCGACCAGCAUAUAGGAGCAAUCCGAAAGAAUUCAAUGAGUUGCAAAAGCAAAUCGGUGAGUUACUGAACAAAAGUUAUAUUCGAGAAAGUAUGAGUCCAUGUGUUGUGCCCAUAUUGUUAGUACCUAAGAAAGAUGGUACUUGGAGACUAUGUGUUGAUUGUAGGGCUGUGAAUAAGAUAACGAUAAAAUAUCGUUACCCUAUUCCUCGUUUAGAUGACAUGCUUGAUGAAUUGCAUGGUUCCACAAUAUUUUCUAAGAUUGAUUUGAAAAGUGGGUACCAUCAAAUUCGCAUGAAAGAAGGUGACGAAUGGAAAACGGCAUUUAAAACCAAAGGUGGAUUGUAUGAAUGGUUAGUAAUGCCAUUUGGUUUAUCGAAUGCACCUAGCACUUUUAUGCGCCUUAUGAACCAUGUCUUGCGGGCUUUUAUUGCAAAAUUUGUUGUUGUAUACUUUGAUGACAUUCUGAUCUAUAGCAGAAGUGAGCAUGAUCAUUUGAGUCACUUAAGAUGUGUUCUUGAAGUGCUGAGACAAGAGAAAUUAUAUGCUAACCUUAAGAAGUGCAACUUUUUCUUGGAUAGCGUUGUGUUUCUUGGUUUUGUUGUCAGUUCUAAGGGAGUAGAAGUGGAGGGCGAAAAGGUAAAGGCCAUCCAAGAUUGGCCCACACCUACAACCGUAUCGGAGGUUCGUAGUUUUCAUGGACUUGCAGGAUUUUAUCGUCGAUUUGUGAGGAAUUUUAGUACUAUCGCUGCUCCUUUAACUGAGAUCAUCAAGAAAGAUGUGGGAUUUAAGUGGGAAAAGGAGCAAGAGAACACAUUCAACACUCUGAAAGAAAAGCUAAGUUCUACUCCUUUAUUGGUUUUACCGGAUUUUUCAAAAACAUUUGAAAUCGAAUGUGAUGCUUCUGGAAUUGAUUCGAGGACAAAUCUUUUUGAAGAAGGGGAGGAUGAUACGAGCUCAAGGACAAAUUCCAAUAACGAGCACGAGGAUGAGCUUUACGUUCCGAUUGAGCCGAUCUCGGGAGCACGAGCCAAGAACUUCGGGAAAACAUUGCAAAAUUUAUGGGAGAUCAGUCAAAGCAAAGAGCGUAUUUCGAGAGUCAAAAGAUUGACUUCAUUUACAAGCCUCGAAAUUACGCGUCUCGUUACUUGA